AAAUGCCAUUCGAACCAAACCUACUGGUGAGACUAUCGCGAUAGCAAUUUUCUCAUGCUUUUUUACCCUUUGCUUUCCGCUACAGCUAAACCAGCUGAGCCGCAACGAAUUAUCCAACUAAUUAAUCCAAGGAUAAAACGAGCCUGAGGUCAACGGGAGCCAGCAGCUGCUGCUCCUAUAAACCCACCCACCCGCUCUCCCGAGUCCCGUUUCUUGGCCGCCGCCGGAGCGCCAAAUCCUACUCGCGUUUUCAUGAUUGCCCUAUAGAUCAACUCCUCAUUGUAGUAUGGUAGAUAGAAGGGCAUAUUGAAGUAGAAUUUGGGCUCUGGUGAAUCUAUAUGGACAGUACCUUGAGAAGUUCAGAAACAUCCUUGAAAACCUUGCCAUCAAUGGCAAAUAAUGCAGCAAGGAAUACUGACCCUGACCAACAGGGUGUUCGUUUCAAUUCCAUGGACCAGCCUUGUUUUGCAAGACCAGGUCAAUCAUUCCCUGCUUUUCCUCCACUCUUUGGGGUUCAGUCUUCUUCUAGCUUGUAUUUACCUGAUGACAUUGAAGCUAAAACUGGUAACCAGUUUGAAUCAAAUCCUUCAUUGAAUAAUCCUACAAUGGAUUGGGAUCCUCAAGCAAUGUUGAGCAACUUAUCCUUCCUUGAACAGAAGAUCAAGCAGGUAAAAGAUAUUGUGCAGUCCAUGAGUAAUCGAGAGAGCCAAGUUGCUGGUGGUUCCAGCGAGGUGCAAGCAAAGCAGCAGCUUGUCACUGCUGAUCUCACUUGCAUUAUUAUUCAGCUUAUCUCAACAGCUGGUUCCUUGCUUCCUUCAAUGAAGAACCCACUCAGCAGCAACCCGGCACUCAGGCAUCUCAGCAACACACUCGGUGCUCCUAUGAUCUUGGGCACCAGUUGUAACCAGCAACCAAGAUCAAACGAUGAGGCCGCAAUUCCUGACAUUACCAAGAACCCUGACUAUGAGGAGCUGAUGAAUAGCCUUAAUACUACUCAGGGUGAUGGCGAUGAGACGAUGAAAUGCCAAAAUCCCUGUGGUGGGGAAGGGUCUGAACCAAUUCCAAUGGACGACCAUGAUGUGAAGGAGAGUGAUGAUGGUGGUGAGGGAGAAAAUCUCCCCCCUGGUUCAUAUGUUGUAUUGCAAUUAGAGAAGGAGGAGAUUUUAGCGCCACACACUCACUUCUGCAUGAUCUGUGGCAAGGGUUUCAAAAGAGAUGCAAACCUUAGGAUGCACAUGAGGGGCCAUGGAGACGAGUACAAAACUCCCGCAGCUCUUGCCAAACCUUCGAAAGAUUCUAGCUCAGAGCCUGCCCCAGUUACAAGGUACUCAUGCCCAUAUGUUGGUUGCAAGCGCAACAAGGAGCACAAGAAGUUCCAGCCUCUCAAGACGAUUCUGUGCGUGAAGAACCACUACAAGAGAAGCCACUGCGACAAGAGCUACACCUGCAGCCGUUGCAACACCAAGAAGUUCUCUGUCAUUGCAGACCUGAAGACUCAUGAGAAGCACUGUGGGCGCGACAAGUGGCUAUGUUCAUGCGGAACAACCUUCUCGAGGAAGGACAAGCUGUUCGGGCAUGUCGCUCUUUUCCAGGGGCACACACCUGCACUCCCGAUGGAUGAUGUCAAAGUAACAGGUGCAUCAGAGCAACCUCAGGGCAGCGAGGCGAUGAACAGCAUGGCGAGCAGUGCUUCUGGGUAUAACUUCCCCAGUAGCUCGUCUGAGGACAUCCCGAAUCUUGACAUGAAAAUGGCUGAUGAUCCACGUUAUUUCUCACCAUUGAGCUUUGACCCUUUCUUUAGUGGGCUUGAUGACUUCACCCGUCCUGGAUUUGACAUCCCUGAAAAUUCCUUCUCCUUCUUGCCCUCAGGAUCAUCCAGUUUCGGGCAGCAGAAUGGAGACAGCUGAUCAAGGCCAACUCGUUAACGAUGACGACAAUGGCCUUGCCUACCCUUCGUGUACCUUCUCUGGUUCUAUUCUUCUCCUAUGUUGAAGGAUCCAUUUUAGGUCAUUCCUUCUUCCUUAAGUGUACUUUAUUUUAUGAUCAUCAAUAAUGAUCUAUAGUACUUUUAUCUUUCCAUAUAGAUUGAGAUAGCCCAAUCUUUGGUAUAUAUAUGCAAGAGGUGUUAUCUGCAAUU